CACCCUAGAAACAACCCCCCACCCCUCCCCUCAGAUAAAGGGCUUUUGUUCUGCAUCUAAUGUUUUCAUUAGGAAACUGGGUGCAGCUGAGGGAAGAGGAGAGACAGAGAGACUUUCAAUACGUUUUUGGGCACUGAAUACACUGUUUCCUCUCCUACGCCAUGACCCGCCCCUACACCAUCUCACUUGGACUCCUGCUCCUCCUCAUUGGCUACGCAGCGGCAGGACCCGAGUCUGCGCUCCAACCCAGAGAUGUCCGGUCGAGUGCCUGUCAGGACCACAGUACUCUUCAUGACAGACUGGAUGUAGUGGAGAAGCAUGUAGAGGACACAGUACAAAAGCUGGAGGCUGAGCUGGCCAUGCUGCUGGAUGCCAUAGAAGCCCCUGAGUGGAGUCCCCUGCUGGAAACUGUUGGAAAACCUGUGGUGGACAUCCUGGACGGCCAGGGACUGGGAGAGAAUGGCGACUCCUGAGAGAGGAAGAGGAGAAGAUCUCUGUUGAGCAGCUACUAAUUCUACUUCACUUUAGCUUUAGGAAGUGAUGAGGGUGCACCUGGCUAGGUCAAACAAUGAAAGACUAAAUGUACAGUCUCUGCUGUUUUGCUGAAGUUGUAUUUUGUAAGUGGACAAAAACGGUAUAAAACAAGCCUUCUAAAGUGUAAACACAGGCUUAGUAUAUAUUCUGUGGUACAGUCGCUAGAUCACAACACUAAAGCUUAUUUGUCCCCAUAAUACACUGCUCGGUUCCUCGGGCACUCAUUCUUUCUCUCGUCUUUGGCUGAACUUGAAUCCCUACACCCAGGGGUAACUGUGUCCCCAGCCUCUCCGGAUGUUUACAUCAAGGUCGUAAACCAUUGAUUGUUUUCUCUGGUAAUGUCUUCUGUUUUGGGUGGGAUUGACCCUUUUCUGUCCCAUGCCUCUCUUCCGCCCCCUGGUGUCAGUCAAGACCUUCUGUAGCUCAGUUGGUAGAGCAUGGCGCUUGUAAUGCCAGGGUAGUGGGUUCGAUUCCCGGGACCACCCAUACGUAGAAUGUAUGCACACAUGACUGUAAGUCGCUUUGGAUAAAAGCGUCUGCUAAAUGGCAUAUAUUAUAAGAGUGACACAUGCAGCACCGAGUCACAAGGUAGACCUUGCCCUUUAACACAGAUCAAGAAUCAGGUUACCCUAACCCCCAAUCCAAUACCAAACUAUUAGGAGGCUGUAAAUAAUACCUGACCCUGUAUCCGUGGUUAGGGACCACUAAUCAUCUCAAUGUGGAUGAAUGACAAAAACAAAAUCAUUACAGAGACUACUAGAAGGAAUGUAUUUAUUUAUCAAAGCAGUUAAAGCACUAUGUUUCAAUACACAGAGCAGUUUGAAUAGGUACAGUACAAGGCUUCCACUGAGACCCAGGCUAGUUGCAAGUGUAUUUAUUUAGUCACCAUAAAAAUCUUACAGAACAUGUUCAAAAUCGGAUCACAAAAAGGAGAGGGGUCAUAGUUCAUCAAACCAGUUUUUUUUUUGUUCUUAAAAAUAAUGUACACUAUUUUACUAAAUGUUUCUACAAAGAUCAGACACUAAUGUUAGAUGUGAGAGCGUUGAUCCUUAUCCAGUUCACGGUAAAGGUGCUGUGGUAGUUGGUCACUCGCUCUGUAACAAUGCUGUUUGAAACACCCAGGUAAAUAUACUUACAACAAUGUUAUCUGAUAAACUAGAAUGUAAACACAUUGGUAAGAACAUGGUUUCGAUUUUUUUGCGAGUUAGGCAAGCAACACCCGAUCAGGAAUGGAGAUUAAUUUUUAGAUACCAAGGGAAUGAUAUUAGGCAAUAUUGUUGAAAAAAGCUAUCCAGGGUUAUAUUAAAUCCCAUGACUAUUCAUUACAAUUACUGAACAUAAUUACAUGGCCAUUUCUAGCAGUGGAGACUGAGCAUCCAAUCAACUUUUUAAUCUAAUCGUCAUUGGAGAGGACAAUGUAAAGAGAUGUCGAAGAGCUGUAUAUAUACUGUAUAUAAUAAACCUGUGGUUUGAAUUGAAGAGAGCGGCCCAGAAGUGUAGAAGAAGGAUAUCAAGGAUCUGGAAGGAUUCUGUAUGGAGGAAUGGUCUAAAAUCCCUCCCAAGGUCCUCCAAUCCAUAAAACAUUUGUAUUUUUUAAAUGUCUCAGUACUGUUAUCCUCGUGAGGUAUUGAAAGGUAUUGAAAAAAGGGUGACAAUAAUUUUGACCCCUACCUUUUGAAAAAAGUCAUAAUAUGAUAGUAUAUGCCAUUUAGCAGACGCUUUUAUGCAAAUAUUUAAGUAUUACUUGUUAAACAAAAUAUCUUUCUCUGAGCAGUUGUAUUAGUAUAAAAUAAUAUUUUUAGCAUACAA